CAGAGACCGAAAUGUAUCGACAUUCCAUCCAAUUUAUCAUUGUGUCAAAAUAUCGGCUACACAAGAAUGAGACUGCCCAAUUUAUUGGAUCAUGAUACCCUACAGGAAGUUACCAACCAAGCAGGAUCAUGGGUACCCUUAUUGGGUAUCCAUUGUCAUCCAGACACUAAAUUGUUCCUGUGUUCCUUAUUUUCUCCAGUUUGUUUGGACAGACCUAUUUUCCCAUGUCGAUCUCUAUGUGAGAGUGUUAAGCAAGCUUGUAUGGGUAGAAUGCAACGGUAUGGAUUUCCCUGGCCAGAUAUGGUGAGAUGUGAUAAAUUUCCAGUAGAUAAUGAUUUAUGUAUUGAACAACAAAAUCAUGUUAAACCAGAUAAUAAUUGUACUUCCUGCAAACAUCCCCUAACAUUUGAAGCUAUUGUGGAUAACUACUGUGGUGCCGAUUUUGUGAUAAGAGCUAAGGUUAAUGAAAUGAGAGACCUUCUGAAUGGACAUAAAGGAUUUCUUUUGAAAAAGAAGAAGAAAUUCUUCAAGAAAAAUAAUAUUUCUAGAAAAGAACGUAAAAAGAUGCUUCCAAUGAUCAAAAAUGGAAAAGGGUGUUCUUGUGAUAUUGUGAAUUCUACAGAAGAAAAAUAUCUCAUAAUGGGAAAUAAAGUGAAUGAUGAAUUUUACGUAUCAUUUGUUACUCUUUGGCAACGAAAAAACAAAGACUUCAGACGUGCUAUUCGCGCCAUUAGG